CACCAAAGUGGGCCAUACAAACUGACCGUGGGUCACAAGAAACAACAGGCAGAGAAGUGCACAGUUCUCUCUUAGUUUGUGGUGUAAAAGUGUUAUAUUUUCUGUGAGUCAACAUGAAGCCAGCAGUAGUUCUGCUGGGCCUCAUCCUGCUGCUGGACGUUGCCUUCGCUGCAGAGGAGUCCUGUGUGGGUCGCUGUGGCUCCUUCGACACUCAGAAAAAAUGUCAGUGUGACUCCAUGUGUGUGUACUAUGGAAGCUGCUGUGGGGACUUUGACACCAUCUGCCCUAAAAAAACUAGUCGUGGUGAUACCUUCGGGCAGCCCGAAGACUUAACAACAGCAACACCGACUUUCAACACUGUUCCAGUAACUGCCACAGCCCCCUCUCCAAUAUCUACCACACAUGGUCCCACUCCACAUGUAGAUCCUGACGCAGCCCAUUGCAGUGGGAGGCCUUUUGAUGCUAUCCUGCAGCUGAAGAAUGGAUCAAUCUAUGCAUUCAGAGGUGAAUAUUUUUUUGAGCUGGAUGACAAAGCCAUACUUCCUGGUUACCCCAAACUCAUUAAGGAUGUAUGGGGAAUCUCUGGGCCAAUCGAUGCUGCAUUCACACGCAUCAACUGCCAAGGAAAAACCUACAUCUUUAAGGGGAACAAGUACUGGAGGUUUGAGGGUGAUGUCUUGGAUGAGAAUUAUCCACGGAACAUCUCAGUCGGCUUUAAUGGCAUACCAGACGACAUUGAUGCUGCAUUUGCCAUACCAGCACCGAGCCACAGGGGCAAAGAGAAAGUGUACUUUUUUAAAGGGGACAAGUAUUACCAGUAUGAGUUUAGGCACCAGCCCUCCCAUGAGGAGUGUGUCCGCAUGAGCAGGUCCUCACCGUCUGUGCUGUUCACGCGAUACACUGACCUCUACUGUGAUCAGACAUGGGAGGAUUUCUUCACAGAGCUCUUUGGAGGCUCCAUCAGCAGUGAGGACACAAGCCCUGGUUUCAUCAGUAAGGACUGGUUGGGCCUCAGGCCCCCUGUAGAUGCAGCCAUGGUGGGACGUGUCUACCUCAGUCCCAAGGCGACGAAAGCCCCUCCUCCUCCUCCUGCGAGGCGGCGCAGCAAUCGGAGGAAGAGCAGCAAGAGCAGCAAGAGGCGUGGACAGAGGAGAAGACAGAGUCGUCAUGCUCUGUUUGAUUAUUUGUGGGGUUAUGAUGAUAUGUUGGGUCUUGGUGACUUGUUUGACUACAAUGACUACAAUGACUACAGCGACUACAGCCACCACAGCGACACAACUGACAAGAUCACCACACAGGAGACCCAGAGCACUCCUGUUCAAAAUGUGUACUUUUUCAAGAGAGAUAAAUACUACAGAGUGGAUUUGAAGGCAAAACGUGUGGACUUCGCCAACCCUGCUUACCCACGAUCCAUUGCAAAAUACUGGCUUGGCUGCGAGAAUGAAGAGACACCGGAUACAUCACGAGCAGAGAAAAGAUAAACAACCUCCUUGAAUCAGUGGUUCUGAGUGAAGGAAGAUAAACUUGCUCUACAGUUCAUUUUAAGUACAACUCUUUGUAACAAGUCUCUAAAUAAUUAGAAUAUGAACUGAUAAUAAAACUAGCUCCUGGUGUUUUUGCAAGCAUUCAGUGCAUGAUUAAUAGCAAGAGUGUCCAUUGUAUAUUUAGGUUAUUAGGCUGAAAUUCUGCAUGAUUUAAUAAUAAAAAAAUUGACAUUAUAGUUU